GGCACCCUGUUCUCUCUCCGUUUAACUAGAGACCCUUAGGGAAAGUUCAUUUAAUAUGACAAGGGGAGGGGGGAUGAAGAUAUUGAGGGGGGGCUCCGAAAAUUUUUAGACACCCGAAGGGGGGGCUCUGAAAAACUUGUUGCGCUAGGAGGGGGGGCUCCGAAAAUUUGUACACUUCAAAAUUAACACAUGACAUCAUCAUACAGAUCGGAUGGUUUUCAACUCAACAAUUUAAUGACCUGUGCAACUCAGCUAUAUCACGUGGUUCACAGAUAUAGCAAAUGUAGUCUCAGUAAUUAUUACACUCUUGUUCAUCCCAAAAAUGCUUUAGAAAAUUGUAACACAACUGUAUCUCAAGUUUGUCAUAGUAUAAACCAUUGAAGACAAUAACGGUAAAUAUAUUUAAUACAGUCUAGCGAUCUUUUUUCAGGGGAGCAAAGGAAUUGAAGGAGGAGGGGGGCUCUGAAAUUUUUUCGACUACCAAGGAGGGGCUCUAAAAAAUUGAACCGCUAGCGAGGGGGCUGCUAAAAUUUCAAGCUUCGAGUUUCAAUAUCUUCAUCCCCCCCCCCCCUUGUCAUAUUAAAUGAACUUUCCCUUAGAUUCGAGGACGAAUACGCGUACGAGAUUUCACUUGAAGUUUUUUCGCGUCUUCUCAAAAUAUAAACUUCCCGGAAAGCUUCAUUUUACCAUUUUUCACUAGAAAAUUUAGCAUUGUUAUCCUAAGUGAAGAAGGUUAUGCGCUCUCCCGAUCGCAAAAUGAUAAAACGUCUGACAUUCGCCACCAGGACAUUCGCGCGAAAACUCGUAGUAGAAUGACGACGGCUACCACGUUUUCCCGCCAAAAUGACGCUGGCUCACGCACGUACACCACUUAGUAUUGAGAAAAUCUCGUACUCAUAGUCGUACUCGUCUUAGAAUUUAAAGGUCUCUACUGUCUUGUCUCGGGUGCGAGCAUCCGUUUAUUGAUAAACCGAUAGCCAUAACUGAGCCCACUGUACCAAGGUCACUGUUAGGCCUGGCAUCGGAACUGUAUCAACAAAGAUCUUACUCGAUUCAUGCAGUCUCUCUCCCGAGUACGCAAAAAUCGGGCAAGCGAAAGAAAGUAAACCCUGGUCGUUUCGAUACAAAUUCGUUUCCAGACGAACACUUCAAGCUGUGAAAUUGCGCAAAAAUUUCUUUCACCGCGAAUAUAGUUUGCUCGUGAACAAAACAAAAAACAUUUUGGGUGAAUCUUCAACGCCACCACUGAGUAAACUUGUAUCGAAACGACUUUGUGUCGGAAAGACCGGUAAACUUAUCAAAUGAUCUGCUGAAAGGGUGUUUUCGGGCGGGUAAGGUUCCGAGAAAAAAACAAACACUUAAAACAUUUUCGUGUAAUACGUUUCUAUGGUUAUUUCUCUAAGAUUUACUUAAGAAAGGUUCUUUACAGCUAGCCAUUCACGUGGUAAAAAACCGCCUUGCUGCAGAGCAAAAGUGGCACUGGGACAAGACAAAUAAAAGGCAUACAUAAUUUUAAAUAGUAAUUUCCUUUGUUUGUGUUGUCCCAGUACGACUUUUUCUCUCGAGCAUGGCGGUUUUGUACCACGUCAAUGGCUAGCUGCAAAAUCUGUAGACUCGGAAUCAGUUUGAUUCCAGAUUGUUAUUUGGCACUAUUAAGAACACAGAUUAGAACGAUAUAUAGGCGAAUCCUCGUUUACAUUUUUUGCCUCAUUAGCAUGGGCGUAUCAUUAUCUGAUGAAGCUUAUAAAAUAAAAUUCUGAAUAUUGAAAGAGCAUAACAAUUUCAGUUAUCUUUGAAAAUUUGAGUCCGACAUACCAAAUGGUUUGUCGGAGAAGUUCUCCUUGAAAAACCCUCAAACUUUACAAAGAAUGUAUGAGCUCAUCAACGUUUCGCCACCCAGUAAAUUUGCGGUUUUUAAUUGUUACUGAUUGCAAAGAGCUGAAACUUGCACAAACUGCAGAAAAUCACCGGCUCUUUUAAUUUUUGAGCCUAAAUGGUAUAUACGGUUACAUCGUCAAUGGGUUAACUGAUAUGCUAAUGAGCAAAAAUGUAAAUAUUGACGUCACGAUGAAUCCACCUAUUGCAGCUAGGUCAAUAACGUCAGUUCUGGCUCGACUCUCAGAGUCGAGGAGUCGAUUAGAGGAGACGGCGUGGCUGAGCGGUUAGAGCGCUGGACUUGUAAUUCGGAGGCCCCGAGUUCAAGUCCCGCCAUGGGACGGAAUUGUUCAGUUUAGUCCCAGCUUCAAAUCCUCGCCCACGCUUGAAAUAGCCAUCUUGAUUUGAAUUAUGAUGAUGAUGAUGAUGAUGAUGAUGAUGAUCUAUUUAACAAACUCCUAAGGCAAUGCAAUUUUUUAUACUUUGUUUUUAUGUAGUUCCUUCUUCAACUACGACUGCACCGCCAACGGAACAAACCACAAAGACAACAUCGAGUGAAAAAAUUAGUUCUUCUGGAAACGAAAAACCGAAAGGGACGGCGCAACUGAGAAAAGGUAACCAAAAAACCGAAAAAUAUUUAUUUAAGCCGAAAAGAUUGGUCAGUGAAAAUACUCUUUAGUUUAGCUUUGUUGUCCUUUUUACGGCUCCCUUAUUAAAAAUCCACUUGCUCUGUUUCCUUUCUUUCUGGCCAAAGGGAAUGGAUUAUAAUACGGGAGGAUUCUUUGUUUUGAUAAAACUUAGGAAAACUUGUUGUUUGUCGUUAAAUAUAAAGCCGGUGUGUUUUCAGUUUUCAUUCCUGAUGAUCGAUUUUCUGUGGUUUUUGCUCUUCUAUUUGAGUCUUUAACGUCUUCAACUAGUUUGGUUUGGUUCGUUGAGUUCUUUUGAAGCAUAGCUUUUGCAUUGCGGCUAAACGACUUUUUAAUAGCGAGUUGGUUUUCUUUAGUUUUCUCGAAAGUGCCUGGAUGCUGAAUUGCAAGCUGCGUUUAGUUGUUUUGUCUGUAGGUGAAUGUAAUCACAUGGGCUUGAAAGGGUUUAGAGGGUUGGAACCGUUACAGGGGAUGCUGGGGUUACAAGAGGUCCAGGGGGCUUAAAAGAGAUUACAGGGGUUACAACGGGAUACAGGGGGUUACAAAAAACCGCAAAAUUGGCAUUUUUCCAAAGGGGAAGUCCAUGGUUUUGGUCAAAGAUUUGAGAUGUUGCCAAUUUUUAGUUUUAUACAAAAUACUCCGAGAAAAAUUAUUUGGUUACAUUUUUGUUAAACAACAAGCCUUUUUAGACAAUGGAAACAUGGAUUUAAGAGAAAAGCAAAAUUCGCAUUUUUCCAAAGGGGUUAGACUAUGAUUUUGGUCAAGAAAAUGAAUUUUUUUCAUCACUUGUGUUUAUCAAAAAUAAAUCGAGAAAAGGUGUUUGCUGGCGUUCUGGAAGCUUUUCAAGAAUAUUAGAACAUCUUUUUAUAAAAAAACACAAAAUUCCCUUUUUUAAAAAAGGGUUAGUCCAUCGUUUUCCUCAAAAUUUUGUGAUUUCUUCAACUUUUGUUUUUAGGCAAAAUAGACCAAGAAAAAGUAUCUGUGGACGUUCUAGUUCGAAAAACGUUUUUUCUGUAACCCGUUGUAAUCCCUUGUAACCCUCUGUAACCAGCUGUUUCACCGGCCAUGUAAUAGAUCGUGAUAAUAGAUCGUGAAAGAACGAUUUUUGACGUUUUAUAUAGAAAACAAGCCAUUCUCGACUAUGAAAACAUAGGUUUAAAAAACAGCAAAAUUGGCAUUUUUCCAAAGGAGUUAGUCCAUCGUUUUCGUCAAAAAUUUGAGAUUUCAUCAACUUUUAUUUUUAUGCAAAAUAGAUCAAGAAAAAGUAUCUGGGGACGUUCUAGUUGGAAAAAAGUCUUUCUGUAACCCGUUGUAAUCCCCUGUAACCCCUUGUAACACCCUGUUACCCCCUGUAACCCCAUUUAAUAGAUCGUAAAAGAACUAUUUUUGAGGUUUUAUAUAGAAAACAAGCCUUUCUGGACUAAGAAAACAUCGGUUUAAAAAAGGCGCAAAAUUGACAUUUUUUCAAAGGGGUUAGUCCAUGGUUUUGGUCAAAAAGUUGAAUUUUUUUCAUCUUUUGUGUUUAUCAAAAGUAGAUCGAGAAAAAGUGUUUGCUAACGAUCUAGUAGAUAGAUAGAAAAGAAACCUUUCAACACUUUCUAGAUAAUUCUAAAUAACAGAAACGUGGAUUUAAGCCAACAGAAAAACUGGCCUUUUCCAAAGGCCAACCACUCAUCCACCAUCACUGUUCCACUGUAUCACCACACUGUUCCACCAUCACUGUUCCACUGUUCCACCAACACUGUUACACCGUUCCACCACACAGUUCCACCAUAACUAAUCCACCAUCGCUGUUCCACCAACACUGUUCCACUAUUCCACCUCAGUGUUCCACCAUACUGUUCCACCAUCACUGUUCCACUAAUCCACCAACACUGUUCCACUGUUCCACCAGCCCUGUUUCACUGUUCCACCAACACUGUUCCACUGUUCCACCACACUGUUCCACCAUCACUGUUCCACUGUUCCACCACACUGUUCCACUGUUCGACCAACACCAUUCCACUGUUCCACCAUCACUGUUCUACUGUUCCACCACACUGUUCAACUAUCACUGUUCUACUGUUCCACUGUUCCACCACACUGUUCCACCAACAACACUGUUCCACUGUUCCACCUCACUGUUCCACAACACUCUUCAACCACACUGAUCCACUAAUACCAUUCCACCACCACUGUUCCACUGUUUUACCACGGAGAUCCACCAUUACUGUUCCAUUGUUCCACCAACACUGUUCCACCUCACUGUUCCACCACACUGUUCCACCAACACUGUUCCACUGUUCCACCUCACUGUUCCACAACACUGUUCAACCAACACUGUUCUUCUCUUCGACCACAUUGUUCCUCGAUCGCUGUUCCACCAACACUGUUCCACCACACUGUUCCACCUCCACUAUUCCACUAUCACUGUUCCACUGUUCAACCAACACUUUCCCACUGUUCCAACACACUGUUCCACCAUCACUGUGCCACUAUUGCUGUUCCACCAACACUGUUCCACCUCAGUGUUCCACCACACUGUUCUACUAACACCGUUCCACCAUUACUGUUCCAUUGUUCCACCACACUGUUCCACCUACACUGUUCCACUAUCACUGUUCCACUGUUCAACCAACACUGUUCCACUGUUCCACUGUUCCACCCCACUGUUCCACUAUCAGUCUUCCACUGUUCCUCUGAAGCACCAACACUGUUCCACAGUUCCACAACACUGUUCAACCAACACUGUUCUUCUUAUCCGCAACAUUAUCCCACCAUCACUUUUGCACCAUCGCUGUUCCACCAACACUGUUCCACUGUUCCACCUCACUGUUCCACCACACCGUUCCACCAACACUGUUCCACUGUUUUACCCCGGUGUUUCACCAUUACUUUUCCACUGUUCCACCAACACUGCUCCACCUCACUGUUCCACCACACUGUUCCACCAACACUCUUCCACCAUCACUGUUCCACUUUUUCACCAGCACUGUUUCACUGUACCACAACACUGUUCCACCAUCACUGUUCCACUGUUUCACCACACUGUUUCACUGUUGCGCCACACUGUUUCACCAACACUGUUCCCCUGUUCCACCACACUUUUUUACCAACACUGUUUCACUGUUCCACCAUACUGUUCCACCAUCACUGUUCCAUUGUUCCACCCCCACUGUUCCACUAUCACUGUUCCACUGUUCUACUUUUACACCAACACUGUUCCACGGUUCCACAACACUGUUCCACCAUCACUUUCCCACUGUUUCAGCAACACAACAACAACAACAACAUAAGCUUUAUUUGCAUGACUAUAGUUAUGUAGUUACAGUAUUGCAAAAGCUUUAACAUAAAGUUACAAUUUAUAACAAUGAUAAUGCAAUGCAGUGAUUACCACAGUUAAUCAAGUGUUAUCAGCAUGAUUUGAUAACAAGUUAGUACGUAAAUCAUUACAUAAUGAGACAAAUUUCAACAAAUGUGAAUUUACGGAAAAAUUCUGUGAAUUCAUCAAUUUAAUUAUUAAUUCUGUGUAAGAUAGCUGAUUAAAGUCGACAAAAUUUUGUUGGAUUUGAUUGUAGAAUUUCUCCCUUGGGGUUGAAUAUUUUGGACAAUGGAAGAGAAAAUUAAAUUCGUCUUCAAUUAUACCAGAGUUACAAAAUAUACCAGAGUUACAAAUAGGGCAGAGUCUAUCGUUGUUUGAUUAUAUCUUCCAGUUUCAAUCAUGAGUUUGUGGUUACUUAUACGAAUUUUCACUAAGUCUUUCCUAUUGGCUGAAUUUCUAAUUAAGUCUAGAUAACUUGAAAUUUUAUAAUCAUGUUUAAAUAAACUGUAAAUUGCAGGUUCUUAGAAUGAUGGAUUGUAUGUUGCCAAUAUGUAAUACAUUUUUGUUUUAUUAUAUCUAUAUAGUGUUUGAUAUUAGCUUCAAUUAAAUUAUUAGGAUCAAAAUCGAGCAGGUCAUAAUAUUCAGAUAUUUUCAUAAGAUUAUGGUAAAAGCUAUUUUUACCAUUACAGUCAAGUUCUAGCGAGGUACGAAAGGCUUAUUUAACAAUAGCAUCCUCGUUUUUACGCAGAAGAUACAAUAUAUAAUAAAGGAUGUUUUUGUAAAUAUUAAUAAUUAAUGCGAAUCGUCCUAAUUCACUUCUACUUGCAACAUUUGAAUCUUUAUUGCUUAUUUCUAGGUAACGCUUGCAAAAUUUCAAGUGGGUUUAUUCAAUUGGGGUAUUGUCCCAAGCUUUAAAAUCAUGUUUUACAUAUACACCCCAAAUUUCGCUAUUAUAUGAUAACCAGAUUGGGGAAAUCAUCGCUUCGAAUAUUUUGCAAGCAAGAGAAGGUUUUAAUUUGCUAAAGUUUGUGUGUUUUCUUAAACUAAAAAGAGUAUGAAGAGCCUUCUCUUUCAAGUGUUCGAGUGAGAUAUUAAAAUUACCGGUUAAGGAGAUACGGGUUCCUAAAUAUGUACAUUCAUGGACAAUAUCAAUGGUUUCUUUACCUAUAUGGAAUUCUAGAUUGGAGUUUUUCUUCGCUCGUUUUUGAAAGAUCAUAACUUUGGUCUUUUUAGAAUUUAUAUCUAACAUCCAAGAGUUGUAAAAAGAGGAUAGUGUGUUGAGACAGUUCUGUAAUCCUAUUUUAGAUCGUUAUAUAAUAAUUAAAUCAUCAGCAUAUAAAAGCGAAUUUAAUUUGGUACCAUUUGGAAGGAUGAUAGGGUCCGAUAAAGUAUUUUGAAAUGCGGACGGUAAGUCAUUAACGUAUAAAUUGUUCCACUGUUCCACCACCACUCUUCCACGAACACCGUUCCACUGUUCCACUGUUAAACCAUUACCACACCACACUGUUCCACCAACACUUUUCCACUGUUCCACCAUCACUGUUCCACCGACACUGUUCCACUGUUCCACCACACUGUUCCACUAUCACCUUGCCACUGUUCCACCCACACUGUUUCACCAACACUUUCCCACUGUUCCACUAUCAGUGUUCCACCAUCACUAUACCACUGUUCCACCACACUGUUCCACCAUCGCUGUUUCACUGUUCCACUAUCAGUGUUCCACCAACAAUGUUGCACUGUUGCACUGUUCCACCACAUUGUUCCACCAUCACUGUUUCACCAGACUGUUCCACUGUUCCACCAAUACUGUUCCACUGUUCCACCACGCUGUUCCACCAUCGCAGUUCCACCAACACUGUUCCACCUCACUGUUCCACCACGCUGUUUCACCAACACUGUUCCACCAUCACUGUUCCACUGUUCCAGCAAUACUGUUCCACCACCAUAUUUCCACUUUUCCACCAUCACUUUUCCAUUGUUCCACCAACACUGUUUCACUGUACCACCACACUCUUCCACCAUCACUGUUCCACUGUUUCACCACACUGUUCCACCAUUACUGUUUUACUGGCACUGUUCCACUCUUCCACCACACUGUUCCACUACUUUGGUUUAUCAACAAUGUUCCACUGUACCACCACACUGUUCCACCAUCACUGUUAUACUGUACCACCACACUUUUCCACCAUCACUGUUCCACUGUUCCACCAACACUGUUCCAUUGUAGCACCAGACUGUUCCACCAUCAUUGUUCCACUGCUCCACUAUCACUGUUCCACUUUUCCGCCAACACUGUUCGACAGUUGCACCACACUGUUCCACCAUCGCUGUUCCACCAUUGUUCCUCUUCUGUCCGAGUCUUUGACGUCUUCAAGCAGUAUGGCCGGAUUUCAGUUCGUUGAGUUCUUUUGAAGUAUAGCUUUGCAUUGCGGCGAAAUGACUUUGUAAUAGAGAGUUCGUUUUGUUUAGUUUUCUUGAAAAUGCCUUGCUGCUGAAUUAUAAGCUGCAUGUAAUUGCUUUGUUUGUCAGUGAUUGUGAUGACGUGGGCUUAUAAGGGGUCAGGGUAUAAGAACCGGUUACAGGUGAUACUUUGGUUACAAGAGAUUACAUGGGGUUUACAAGAGCGUACAGGGGGUCACAAUGGCUUACAGGACGGCAGCAACCGGUAAGAGGGGUUUGCCAGAAAAAAACCAACACGCAUUCUAACUCGAAAUCGAACUCGAAAUCUUAACUCGGCGAAUGGGUUUUUUUUUUCGACACUUUUGUUGUGUUUCGAAAAUCAUCCUAUAAGUAGGAAAGACACUGUUAAGUAGUUAGAAAAAAAUGUUGAUAGUAUUCAUGCUGGGUUUAAAAAAAAAUUAGGUACUUUUUCUUAGUGCAAAAGUUAAGGGCCUCAGUAGUUUUCCAAAACUUGCAGCGAUUUAUUUCCAUAUACCAUUAUCAUUGUAAUUAACGUUAUCGUUACUCUAUUUAUACUGAUUUAUACUACUACAUGAGAAAUUUCUGCAAUUUGAUUGGCUUAGAGCAGUGGUAUUUUAGCUUAAUCUGAAAUACCUACAUGUGAAAAUUACAAACCUUCUGCUGGUAGUAGUAUAAACAAAUAAUAGCAUGAUUUAUACGUGAUAUUUGGCAUAAAUACCACUUGCGAUAUUUCAAAAUUGUCUCAAAUUUCACUCGCCUAACGGCUCGUGAAAUUAUGUCUAACAAUUUCGAAAUAUCACUCGUGGUAUUUGUGCCAGAUGUCACUACAAAUCAUGCUAUUACCUAUACUAAUAGGCUAUUUUCACGAUGAAGGCAUUGGACAACAACUAUCAGAAGUCAUUUUAUUUUGCCUUCUCAUUUGUCAAUCCCUUUGAGGUAUUUAAACCAGUACGCCACUUUUACAUUUUUGCAUUGCAUUGUUCAUUACAUCACUUUUACAUUGCCCCCAAAAAAAAAAAAAAUUUGUAUAAGCAUUGCCCUCAGUAGAUUUUUUCGGUCAGUUAUUUAAACGGAGUUCAGCCAGUGUUAAUUACAACCGCGUUCUGAGCCAUUUUCAGUGUGCCGAACGUUUUUACGUAAACUCCAUUUAUCGUGAACAGUUUCAUGAUAGCACAUGGCGUAGACUAGAAAAGCCGUUGUCUUCUUAAAAUCACUCAGGAAGGAAGGGAUCUGGAGGUCCAAAGAAUUCCUAAACCGUGGUCUAAGUUAGACUUCAUUUAAAUAAAAUAACAACCGACCCCUAUUUUCUCCUAAAGAGUGUUUUGUAAACUCUUUGUAGAUUCCAAGGUUUCGGCGAUCGUCGCGCCAGUGGUUGUUUUCGUUUUGGUCGCCCUUAUAUUAUUGGUUGGAUUUUUCUACUGGAGAAGGUAGGAUCGCGCCUCAAUAGAAACGCCAUCAUACAUUUUUUAAGAGAACCUGCAACAGAUGUAGUUAAAUGGAAACUGAAAAUUGGAGAUUGAAGAGGAAUCGACUUUCUUUCGUAAAGAGCGAAAGCAGCAGGAAAACGUCAAAAAAUUCAAAAUGGCGGUGCGCUGAAGAUAAAGAGAGAAUGUAAGCGUUGACAACGAGUUUGCCGAUUGAGCGCAUCGGUUCUUCGCAGCUGCACAUGCUCUAGUCGUUUUCACGGCAAGUUUUCAUCGAAAAGUCGAGGUGGUGAGAACGAGAUUUUUAAAGGAUCAGGAGCAACAGUUUCGAUUUGAUUUCGAAAUACUCGCUUACGUGACAGGCGCAGAAAUCGACUUCAAAUCAAUAACGAUUGUCGAAAUCGCACUCGUUGUCAACGCUAACACUCUCUAGUGUUAAGGCGAAAACAAGAAAUUUUUGUGCCACUUUUUUCCUUUCGCUUGCCAGGAAAACAGUUGGAAUUUUGGCUUUCGUUUGAACUCAUUUCGUUCAAUUUGUUACAACACGGAAGCAAAUGGGAACUAAGUGAAAUUAAAACCAGUCGGGUACUAGAACGCUGUCUGUCCCAGUGGGGAGGGGUACUCCGGAUUUAAAGUGACAGGGAUGAUCAAAGAUUUUGGGGGGGUUUCAAAUUUUCGAUUUCAGGAUAUUUUUGGAUUGGAAAAUUUUGGCAGGUAUUUUUCUGGGUAGCUUGAUUUAAGUAGGCAUUUUUUUGGGUAUUCAAAACAAUCUCAAGAUUCGAGAUAGUUCCCACGUAUCCCGGCCGCGUAGUUCCGCGAAAAGAUUAUUUUGGCUCGGAAAUUCAGCGUGAAAUUUUGGUUCAGGGAUUUUCCUGGAAUUCGUUUGAAGCCCUAGGGAUUUUUUUGGGUUUUGAUUUUUGCCCCCAUUCUAUCAUCCCUGUCACUUGAAAUCCUGAGUACCUCCCCCCUCCCCUCCCCGGACUGUAUAUGCAGCCAUGACAAUGCUAUCGUUUUUCUGCUUAUUCUGUGACAGAAGGAGAUCAAAUAAAAACUUGGAGAUUCAGCAAGUGACAUUCCAGAAGUAAGUAAUCUUAAAAUGAAUAUACUUAAGUCAGUUUUCCUGGCCCAGCAAAGUUUUAUACGGGGGUAAAGGGGCUCUACCCAGAGGGGCAACCCAGUGCCGUUUUAUGUACCAUUAUUUCUUUUAUACUACUACAUGAGAAAUUUCAGUCAUUUGAUUGGCUUAUAGUAGCGGUAUUUCUGCUUAAUUUGAAAUACCUACAUGUGAAAAUUACAAACCUUUUGCGGGUAGUAGUAUAAACAAAUAACAGCGCGAUUUGUACAUGAUAUUUGGCAUAAAUACCACUCGUGAUAUUUCCAAAUUGUCUCAAAUUUCACUUGCCUAACGGCUCGUGAAAUUACGUAUAACAAUUUUGAAAUAUCACUACAAAUCAUGCUAUUACCUAUACAAAGCGCUGUUAUUUUAUUUAAUUACAGGUCACGUAUUUUUUAUUUGCAGAUCUGGCCAGGAACCUCUAGAAGGAGCAGUAAACCCUUUGUAUGAUGGGUAAAUAUAAUAUUUCAGCUUUAACACACUUCUCUUCUUUAUUAUAAUUUGGAUCAAAACCCAUCGGCUUUAGAAUUCACGAGCUUAGUGCACAACAGGGAUGAGUUCCUUUUUACAUGGAGGUGGUGGACCCCAGAUAGGUGGGGUAAAAUGUGGCGGGUCAUCCCACUUAUCAUGUAAACGCGAUCAGCUUAAAACGAGCGAUUAUAUGGACAGGCGGGUUGACCCGCCUAAGCGGUUUACCUCACCUACCUGAGGUCCCCCACCUCCAUGUAAACAGCCAUCAAUCUAGCCUGUUCCAGGCUCAAAAAUUGUAAUUGCAGAGAUCGUAAAUGCAGAUGCGAAAAAAAAAAUCACAGGUCACGUGCACCUUGUUUUCACGACGUCCCUACCAUCUUAGGCUAUGUUUUAACCCUUUCACUGCGAGAAUGCUUGAUGGAGAUUUUAAGGGGACUCUAACUUUUGAGGCUGUGGAUGAAAUCCUAUAAUGUGACCAUUCAAAUGAAAGCUCUUUGCCUGUUAUUUCACACGAUGUUAUCUGUUUUUCAAAAUUUCAGAACGUGAAAUUUCGAAAUUUGGUCGAAAUUUGCUUUUGGUUAAAUUUGGCAGUGAAAGGGUUGAACUAUACCGGAUAGCCUUUCGUGGCGCCACGAAAAGCUAUCCCCCAGGGAAGCUAUCUGGUAUAACAUGGACAGAAGCGGCCUAGGGCGGGCAGCCCUAAAGUCGUCCACACGAAUAUAUCCAAUGGGGAGUUUAAGAUAGCACGACAGCGAAGACCACGUAAAAGUGGCUUAAAAAGUGAAUAUGUGCUCUUUUAAUCUCUAUCGCGAUUACUCCAACUCAUUUACUUUGUCAAACGCAAGCGAACUGUUACUUCCGCGACGAACCGAAUACGUGUUCACACUGCACUAAAAUAUGGAAAAAACCUAUCCGAUAUGUGACGCUCCACUCUCGUUCCGUCACACAAAUCGCGCCGCCACAACCGUUCUUUUGUGUCAACAGAAGCACAAUGCUGUAUGAUUAUCGUGGUGGUCCAAACGUUAUACUGUGAGUACUGUGAACACAGUUUUAGAGCCUAGUACGGUUAGAAUUAAUCCGGUCGUUAAAAUCAAAUAUUUUUCACCACACAAUCUAAAGUCAGACCAUCACAAGAACUUUCCAUGGUGGAAAAUUUUUAAAAUGGUGUUUCAGUUUAUAUUUAUCAUUCUGUUUUUGGUUUCUUGUUAGAGGUGAACUGCAGUUCCGUGACACCAAAGAGGCUUAGCCAUCAAGGCAACACAAGACACCGUUCAGCCUAUUGCUUUUGGUUCUUUUCCCAAUGUUUUGUUUUUUGCUUUGUUUUUGCCUAGUGUCGUAUAAGGACUGUAAAUCGUGUGAACGGCAUUUCUGUUAAGGUGUGGUAAGAUGUGCAACUUGUUUUCUGACAUUGCUGAAAAACGAGUUAAGUAGUGAUGUUGCGCGUUUUACCACCCACGAAUCAAACUUCAGGUUGUUGCAGGUUGCAAAAAGUUGUUGCAGAAAGUAAUGAGUAGUUCUACUUUUUGCAACAAAACCUGUGCAUUUUGUGCGUUUAACAGGCCCAACGAAAGCUUGUUUUGAAACAAGUGACGUAACUCACAUCUAUAGCGCGACUUUUAUCCCAUCAUAAGUCAGUAUUUUCGCAACUAGCAACAACCUGAUUUGUUGCAAAACAAACAGGUUUGAACGUAGGUGGUAAAACGCGCAAGAUAGCUUCUCAAGUCGUUUUGCAGCAAUGUUGCAAAGGAAGUCGCACGUUUUUGUUGUCCGUUUGACCGUAGCUUUAGGUGUGCAGAGAAA